AUGAUAUCAGACGAAUUUUCAUACAUCUAUGAACCGAAAAAUAAUAGAUUAGAAAGUAUGUAUUUCGGUAAUUUGUAUUCGACAGAAUCUCCUUUAUACUAUAUUGCAGGGGACAAAGUUGAUGAACUUAAAUCGAAAUUCCCAAAACUUGAUAUUAAUAAAAGCCUUAAUGAUAUCACACUACUUGACUGUGCAAUUAAAUAUGGAUCAGAGUUGUGUUUCAAUUAUUUGAAAAAUUUAGGAGCUAACUACACUUCUAACUCCGAAAAAUAUGCUGUUCAAGGCGGAAAUAAAGAUAUUUUUAUGCAAAUGAUAGAAGAUGGUGAAUCAUUUGAUAACAUGAUUAAUACAGCAUUGAAAUAUCGAAACUAUGAAAUUGCUGAUUAUCUUAAAUCAAAUUUUGGGCAAACUUUUGAUUCAAUAGCAGAAAGUAUGUAUUUCGGUAAUUAUGAUAUUGCAUCUUAUUUACUUACUAAUGGAGCAGAUAUCAACAAACUUUAUAAUCUUUUUCUUUUCAUAUUUAUCAUUGUUUUAUGA